UCUUCUCCCUACUCUCUCCCCAUCUCCCUUCCCUAUCUCUGUCUCUCUCCACAGUCAAAAAAGCCAAGUUUGAUGGUGCCCAAGAGAAAUUCAACACGUACGUGACCCUGAAGGUUCAAAAUGUCAAGAGCACGACCAUCGCUGUGCGGGGCAGCCAGCCCAGCUGGGAGCAGGAUUUCAUGUUUGAGAUUAACCGCCUGGAUUUGGGGCUGACAGUGGAGGUGUGGAACAAGGGUCUCAUCUGGGACACGAUGGUGGGCACCGUGUGGAUUCCCCUGCGGACCAUCCGCCAGUCCAAUGAAGAGGGCCCUGGAGAGUGGCUGACACUGGAUUCUCAGGUCAUCAUGGCAGACAGUGAGAUCUGCGGCACCAAGGACCCCACCUUCCACCGCAUCCUCCUUGACACCCGCUUCGAGCUGCCUUUAGACAUUCCCGAGGAGGAGGCGCGCUACUGGGCCAAGAAGCUGGAGCAGCUGAAUGCCAUGCGGGACCAGGAUGAGUAUUCAUUCCAAGAUGAACAAGACAAGCCUCUCCCUGUCCCCAGCAACCAGUGUUGCAACUGGAAUUAUUUUGGCUGGGGUGAGCAGCAGAAUGAUGACCCUGACAGUGCAGUGGAUGAUCGUGACAGUGACUAUCGCAGCGAGACAAGCAACAGCAUCCCACCACCUUAUUACACUACAUCCCAACCCAAUGCCUCAGUCCACCAGUAUUCUGUCCGUCCACCACCCCUGGGUUCCCGGGAAUCCUACAGUGACUCCGUGCACAGUUAUGAGGAGUUCUCUGAGCCACGGGCCCUCAGCCCCACCGGCAGUAGCCGCUAUGCCUCCUCGGGGGAACUGAGCCAGGGCAGCUCGCAGCUGAGCGAGGACUUCGACCCGGACGAGCAGAGUCUGCAGGGCUCCGAGAUGGAAGACGAGCGGGACAGGGACUCCUACCACUCCUGCCACAGCUCAGUCAGCUACCACAAGGACUCGCCGCGCUGGGACCAGGAUGAGGAGGAGCUGGAUGAAGAACUGGACGAGGAGCUGGAGGAGGACCUGGAGGACUUCCUGGAGGAGGAGGAGGAGGAGGAGGAGGAGCUGGAGGAGGAGGAGGAGGUGCCUGAUGACAUCGGUAGCUACACCCAGCGUGAAGAGGUGGCCGUGGCUGAGCCCAAAGACUUUAAGCGUGUCAGCCUCCCACCGGCCGCAUCUGAGAAGGAGGAAAAAGCUCCGGCUGUACCUGCUGAGGCCCACGACGUGGCCAAGGCAGCCCUUGAGCCGGCUGCGCCGGAGGAGGUGCCCACAGCUGAGCGGGCACCUGAGCCGGAACCCCCCAAGUCGGAGGAGAGUUUCAGGCGACGAGAGGAUGAGGAAGGCCAGGAGGAGGGUCAGGACUCCAUGUCCCGGGCCAAGGCCAACUGGCUUCGAGCCUUCAACAAAGUGCGGCUGCAGCUGCAGGAGGCCCGAGGAGAAGGAGAGAUGUCUAAAUCCCUGUGGUUCAAGGGCGGGUGAGUAACGGAGUUGUGG